CCCAUCAAUAGGAUAGCGUUCUGGCCCAUGAUCUUCAAGACGCCAUGUCUUCUUCAUUGUUGCUGGUCGCUGCUUUCAUCCUACUCACAGCUGUCCUCGUGAAGUACCUUCGCUCGACCUUUGGGGGCAAGGUUGCUCUACCCUUACCGCCCGGUCCUAAACAGCAGACGCUGACUGGCGCUGCAAUGCUCGUUGACUCCAAAAGGCCAUGGGUUAGCUACAAGCAUUGGGGUGAUAUCUACGGCCCGGAUGGCAUCAUCAGCUUCCACUUCUUUGGCAAGCCCAUGGUGAUUCUGAAUUCUGAGAAGGUCGCAGGAGAGCUUCUAGAACGACGCUCUCGCAUCUAUGCUGACAGGCCUCCUCUUUCAACAAUCCCACUGUCUGGCUGGGACUACAACUUUGUUCUAAGCCGUUACGGUGCCAGAUGGCGAUCUCAACGGCGACUAUUCCAGCAGUCGUUCCGUGAACAGAAAGUCUCUGACUAUAGACCCACCCAACUUGACGCCGCCCAUCGCCUAGCGAUCAACAUGGCAGAUUCCCCAGCGAGUGAACUCUGGGACCUUAUUACCCUAUGUACUGCGUCUGGAAUUUUGAUGACAUUGUAUGGGUACGAAGUCAAUGACAUCAAGGACCCACUUUUCCGCAUCGUUGACGAGACCGUCACCACUGGACUGCCCCUCUUUACCCCGGAAAAGGCCAUGGUUGUUGAUAGAUUCCCCUUUGUGAAAUGGCUACCAACAUUUCUGCCUGGAACAUCUGUUGUCCGGGAGUGUCUGAUAGCUCGGCAAUGGAUGCAGAAGUUUAUGGAUGUUCCCUACGAAGUGACGAUGGAAAAACUACAAUCUGACCCCACGUUUACUUCUGUGGUCUCUGACACCCUACAACGUAGUCACGGGUGCGAUAGGGAUAAGUUUGUGCAUGACGUGAAAAGCUUUGCUUCGACGGCGUUUGUUGGUGGUGUUGAAACGUCAGCAAGUGUACUGCAAUCACUUGUUAUAGCUUUGUUGCUUUACCCAGACGUACAAAGACGAGCUCAGGCCGACAUCGACGCUGUCGUUGGAAAAGACAGACUUCCUAACUUUGAAGACCGACCAUUGCUUCCUUACAUUGACGCGAUGAUUAGGGAAACAAUGAGGUGGGCCCCGGUCCUACCAUUAGCUCUCAGUCAUGCCGUCAUGGAAGACGAUGAAUAUGAGGGGUAUUCCAUUCCUAAAGGCACGACUGUAGUGGCUAACAUAUGGGCGAUAUCUCGCGACUCUGGUCGUUAUCCUGAACCAGAGACCUUCAGACCAGAGAGGUUCAUAGCGAAGGACGGUAAGCUGAGCGAUGACACCGUGAAAUGGUCUUUUGGCUGGGGUCGGCGGAUCUGCCCUGGUCGGUAUUUGGCACAGAAUGCGGUGUGGGCUGCUGCGACCACAAUGCUGGUUGCCUACAGUUUCCAGAAAGAAACUGAUCAAAGGGGAAAUCCGAUUGACUUUAUACCGGCAUGGACGACGGGGCUUACAAGUCGUCCCCAGCAGGUCCCGCUCCGCGUUGUCCCUAGGAUCGAUAGAGGCAAGCUCGAAAAGAUGAUAGAGCAAUCAAAAGCAUGACCAUUCUGUUGUCCAUCUGAAUAGCCUUCUUGCUGGUAGCGGCAAUUGUAUGAGU